UUGAUGGAUGUUAAAGAGAAAGCUCCUAGAGGUGGUGAAAUAAGCAUGUCAGAAAGGAAAACUCUGAAUGGUAAUGAAGUGGUGAUAAAAAUUUCGGGGGAAGAGACUCCAAAAGCUAAUUUAGACAACACAAAUGCAAAAGAGUCUUCUUCAGUAGCAACUACAGAACCGGCUACUGCUGGUUCUGUAGCAAAAUCAGUGCCAGUGAGUUGCCCUUCGCCUGAGAUUUCAAGAUCUAGUCCAAGCCCAAAUAAGCCACCAAAAAUUCCAACUACCGUUGAAACGAUCCUUAGACAAAGAAGGUCAUUAAAAAGGUCAGUGUACUCAAAACCCAAAUCGAGAUUUGGAGAACAACCAUAUAAUAUUGAUGCUAAUAUGUUGGAAGAGAAUGAUAGUUUGGCAUUUCAAGAUCAAGUUGGUGUGAACUCGCCUUGUAGGAAUUCGCUUAGUAGAGGAUCACCUAAUAAUAAGUCUGUUUCAGGUACUGUGACAAAUCCAAUUACCCCAAGAACACCACUAAUGGCAUCUCCAGGAGGAGCAGGAUAUGAUGAGGACGAGGAGAUUUACCAGAAAGUUAAAUUGAGUAAACAAAAACGCAAGAAAAUUAAAACUAAAGUGUUGAUUGAGUGGGUUGCUUUUUUGUGGAUCGUGGUGUGUUUAGUUGCUAGCUUGACUGUGAAAAAAUUGGAAAAGUCUAUGAUUUGGGAGUUGGAGGUCUGGAAAUGGUGUGUGCUUGUGUUGGUCAUAUUCUCUGGCAUGAUGGUGACUAAUUGGAUUAUGCAUUUUGUUGUUUUCUUGAUUGAGAAGAACUUUUUGCUAAAGAAGAAGGUGCUUUAUUUUGUUCAUGGUCUAAAAAAGAGUGUUCAGGUUUUUAUGUGGCUGGCUCUGGUUCUUCUUACUUGGGUCUUGUUGUUUAAGAGUGGGGUUAAGCGAUCAGAGUUUGCCACCAAGGUUCUGGAUUAUGUAACCAUGACUCUUAUCACUAUUCUCAUCGGGGCAUUUCUGUGGCUGUUGAAAACUUUGUUGCUAAAGAUUUUAGCUUCUAAUUUCCAUGUCAAUAGAUUCUUUGAUAGAAUUCAAGAAUCAGUCUUCCAUCAGUAUGUACUUCAGACUCUUUCAGGACCUCCACUCAUUGAGGUAGCUCAGAGGGUUGGGAAAUCAGCAAGCACCGGUCAACUGAGUUUCCGUAGUAAAAAGAAAGGUAAAGAAGCAAAGGAGAAAAAGAUUAUUGAUAUGGGUAAAUUUCAUAAAAUGAAGCAAGAGAAGGUAACCGCUUGGACCAUGAAGGUAUUGGUUGAUGCAAUCAUGAAUUCAGGGCUCACCACAAUCUCCAAUACAUUAGAUGAAACUGUAGAGGAUAUGAGUGAACAAGCAGAUAAGGAAAUUACCAAUGAGAUGGAAGCGACUGCAGCUGCAUUCCAAAUGUUUAAUAAUGUUGCUCCGCCUGGUUGCAAGUACAUUGAUGAGGAAGACCUCUCAAGAUUUAUGAUUAAAGAGGAGGUGGAUCUUGUAUUCCCACUAAUUGAAGGAUCUGAGAAAGGACGGAUUGAUAGGAAAGCUCUGACAGUCUGGGUGGUGAAGGUUUACAAUGGUCGAAAAGCACUAGCGCAUGCAUUAAAUGACACUAAAACUGCUGUAAAGCAAUUGAACAAGCUUGUGACAGUGAUCCUGGUUAUUGUGACUCUUGUAAUUUGGCUCCUCUUAAUGGAAAUUGCAACAACAAAAGUGCUCGUCUUCCUCUCAUCGCAACUAGUGGUAGCAGCUUUUAUGUUUGGGAACACUUGCAAGACUAUAUUUGAAGCUAUCAUAUUUGUAUUUGUGAUGCAUCCAUUUGAUGUUGGUGACCGUUGUGUUGUUGAUGGGGUUCAGUUGUUGGUUGAAGAAAUGAACAUUUUAACGACAGUUUUCUUGAAGCUUGAUAAUGAAAAGCUUUACUAUCCAAAUUCAGUUUUGUCUACAAAGCCCAUCAGUAAUUACUACAGAAGUCCAGAUAUGGGUGAUUCCAUUGAAUUUUCCAUCGAUUUUAUGACGCCAGUAGAGAGGAUUGGGUUGCUGAAAGAAAAAAUAAAGAACUAUUUGGAGAAAAAUCCCCAACAUUGGCAUCCUAACCACAAUGUAGUGGUGAAAGAAAUUGAAAAUGUCAAUAAGAUAAAGAUAGGUCUCUACUGUACUCACACAAUGAACUUCCAAGAGUUUGGAGAGAAGAACAAAAGAAGAAGUGAACUGGUCAUUGAACUAAAGAGAAUCUUUGAGGAACUAAACAUAAAGUACAAUCUACUUCCCCAACAAGUUCAUCUUGGCCAAAUCGGGAAAGAAUCAACUACUGGGACCAUCGGAUAAUCGUUUCUCAUGACCCAAGAAAGCAUUUGAUAAAAGCAACAUAUUUUGAUGGCAAAGGGAAGAUGCUAUAGACUAUAGUGAAACUGUGGCAUAGUUUUUUCCUUUCAUAUUCACAAUGAUGAGUCAGCUCUCCAUAAUGAAGGUGCCAAGCUGUGUGUUCCACCAUCACAAGAAAUUGGCGACAGAUAAGGUACUGCUGCUCUAGUGUAAUAGUUCUGAAGAUAAUCAAGAACUAUAGUCUCUUAUUUGUAUUUCCUGUUGUCUUAUAUUCUCGGCAUAACUUAUCAAUGAUGAUAAUAUUAUAAAUGGUUAAUGUUGUAGCAAUUAAAGAGGUUUCA